AUGUCUUCCAUUACCGACAUCUCCGCUACACCCACACCCAUGCCCGAGGCCCGCCUGGUCGCACUCCACGAGGGCUACGAGCACCAAACCGCGACUAUCAUUGCUGUCCUUCAAAGGACGCAAGAGAUAGCUGCAGAACUGAAGUCUCAUAUUGUAGCCAGCCUAGACACAAGAAAUCCCUUUAUCGCUGAACAGAUUCGGGAUCUGCAAGAACAGGUUAAUUUACUGGUCUCUUCCAUCCCAAUUACUACCCCAGACGACAAUACGAAAGCCGCUGACACGACGGUGACACCCGUCGUACCGCCUCAGCAGGUCAAUCUAUUGGUAUCGCUCAUCCCAAGUACUACCUCAGACGACAAUGCGAACGCGGCGAUGACACCCGUCGUCUCACCUCAGCAUGAGGUCACCUCGAGUGUCAGCGACCCUGACACCAGACACACCACGCCAGUGACCGACCUCGACAUGAACCGCGCAUCUACUUCACGGUCAUCCUCUAUCACUCUCGUAGACAGACCCUCCCCACCCCUUAUCCCCUCCGGCACACCAUCCGUCACCAACAUCGCACGCGCCUCCGCCCCCUCACCUUCACCAACCCUUACUGCCUUCAUGGCUUCUUCUUCAACCACCCCAGACCCGCCUUCAUCCACCCCAGACCCUUCUUCAUCCACCCCAGAGGCCUCUUCUUCAUCCCCAGCCACCUCUCGUCCCAUCCGAAAACUCCCCGCCCGUGGUGCUCACAAAACUCAGCCCCAGGCAUCCUACCUCGCCGCCAAUCCUGCCCUUGCCCAUCUUCUACCGCGUGCUCCAAAACUACCUACUCCGCCGUCGAAGAAGGUCAGCACCAAAGCCAAGGCCAAAAAGUACGAAGAGGAAUCAGACGAGGAGGAGGAGGGCAAGACGAUAUGGGGAUCCAAGCUCGGCGAGUAUGAUUUGAAGGCGUUGGAGGAGUUCGCAGAUGGCCGUGAGGUCAUCAUUAUAACGAACAAUGCCGGGUAUGAGUCGGAGGAAGAGGAGAUGGAGGUGGACGAACCGAAAGGUAAGGGCAAGGGUCGAGGCAAGAAGGGGACUGCGAGCACGACGGGGGCGGUCGGGCGGGGGAAGAAGAGGGCGCGAGAUGACGAGAACGAGCAGGUUCAAGUCGACGAGCAGCCUGCACCCGUUGCUGAGGGCAAGGGUGGGAACAGGAGAACAAAGCGGGCGAAGGUCUCACCUCCGGAAACGGCGCCAGCGGCGAAGAGCAGGGCUAAGCCUAAGGCUGCUGCGAAGCCCAAGGAAACGACGCCUGCUACGAAGCCCAAGGCGCCGACGCCUGCUACGAGAGGGACGCCGAGGGCUGCUGCUGCGAGGAAGCGUGCUUGA